UCUGCUUAAUGUUUACGUUCUACAGUACAGCUGUCAGGAUUUAAGAAUAUCUUUCAAAAUUUUGCAUGUUAAAAGUAGUAAAUAGUAAUCGCGAACUGUAAUGAAAAUGUCAUGUUCUCCCGCCGAGAUAGAAAGGAAAAAACAAGAGGCUAUCCAAAGAUUGGCACAGAAACGAAACAGUCCAGUUAAAGUUCAGCAAUCACCAUUUAAAUUUAGCUUUAAAAGUAGCCCCCAACCGGCAAAUAAAGCAGUCCCUCAUAGUGUGAAACCCUACACGAAGGUUUCUGAUGCAAAAAAUAAUACUAUCGCUUUUUAUGGCAAAGACAAAUUGCUUACUAUCACAAUAAAUUUGAUUUCACCUGAGAGAUUUAAUGUUACAUUUUCGACGUUUUCUACUUUGAUUAUUGAUAUUUUUAAAACAAUUCCUUCUAGAUAUUAUGAUCCAAAUACUCGGGUGUGGAAUUUUCAUGUCAAUGAUUAUGAUUUGUUAUUGUCCAAAUUACGUCAGCUUCAGUCACAUGAAACAAUUACUAUUAAAGCAUUACCUCAAUUUGUUGUAAAAUGCAUAAAGUCACUUAUUAAAGACUGUGAUAUUGAUAAAAAUAAAAUAGACCCUGUAUUAUAUAGAACUUUGUUACCCUUUCAGAUGGAAGGUUUAAAAUUUGGUAUUGAAAGAUCUGGUAGAUGUAUGAUUGCAGAUGAUAUGGGCCUUGGCAAAACAUUUCAAGCUUUGGCAAUCAUGAACUAUUAUCAGCAAGAUUGGCCUUUAUUGAUUGUUACAACAGCUUCAAUGAAAAAUGUAUGGGAGGACACAAUUUUUAAAUAUCUGCCCUCUGUGUCUAUAAUGCAUAUUCAAUAUAUGUCAUCCAGCAAGGACUACAUUGGAGAGUCUAAGAUUCUCAUACUUAGUCACGAUUUAAUGCAAAGAUGUUGUGAUAAGCUUUUAGACAGGGGAUUUGGCUGCAUAAUUAUAGACGAAUCUCAUAAUUUAAAGAGUUUUAAAGCAAAAUCCUCUCAGGCGGCUACCAAAUUGGCAAAAAAAGCUAAACGCGUUGUCUUGUUAAGUGGAACUCCUGCAUUAUCGAGGCCAUGUGAACUGUAUCAACAGCUAGUCCUGAUAGAUGAUAAAUUUUUUGGAAUGUUUAAUGAUUAUGCACUGAGGUAUUGUGAUAGAAAAAAAACGCCGUGGGGAUGGGAUGAUCUGGGUAAGUCAAACCUUCAGGAACUAGAAAUAAUUCUGCUUAAAAAGUUCAUGAUUAGAAGAACAAAAGAAGAUGUACUAAAAAUGCUUCCCAAUAAAACACAGGAAGUUGUAAAGCUAGACCUGCAUUUAGAAAAAUUCAGUGAGCAGGAUAAAAGGUGCUUAGAGGCACUUGCCACAAAAUACAAAAAAGAAAAGGGUCAUGAAAAACAUGCCGCCUUAUUAACAUUUUUUGCCGAGACUGCCAAAAUGAAGAUACCAUCAGUGUGUUCCUAUAUAUUGCAAAUACUGGAAAGGGCGCAAAAGUUCUUGGUGUUUGCCCAUCACCAUGUGAUGUUAAAUGCCAUAGAAGAUUUAAUAAAAAGGAAAAAUGUUAACUACAUAAGAAUAGAUGGUAACACAACAAGCGAUCAAAGGAAGUUCUUUGUGGAUAAGUUUCAGCAAGACCCCACCUAUGUUUGUGCCAUUUUAUCUAUAAUGGCCGCAAAUGCGGGCAUCACCUUAACGGCAGCUCAGUUGGUAGUAUUUGCAGAACUACAUUGGAAUCCCACUAUUUUAAGCCAGGCUGAAGCUAGAGCGCAUCGAAUUGGUCAAGAAAAUACUGUUUUAGUACAAUAUCUGUUGGCAGAUGGCACUGCCGACGAUUCAAUUUGGCCGCUAUUAAAAGAAAAAGAAGAAAGUUUGAGUGAAUUUGGUCUGUGCAAAAAAUCGCUUGAUAAUGCAUCAGUGAGGAAACAAGAUACCUGCAAAGCGGAUGUAAUAACGGAUGGGCUAAAUAUAAGUGUCAUUGAACCUAUAACCGUGGCCAAUACUUUAAAUAUAUCAUCUUAUUUCACAUCCCCAAAGAAGAAAACUAGCAGUGCUAGUGAUUUGGAUGAGGCCUUAAAUGAUGGACUUGAUGAUGUGCUUGGCGAAAUUGAUUUUUAAUUUCUUAACUUUUGUGUUUUUUUUGCAGUUUUCAUCAAACACAUUUUACACCUUUUCGAAAUUAAGG